AGUACGGAAGAUCUACCUCUACCGUCUCUUAAAAAGCCGUUUCCCCACUCGGUACUUGCGGCAAACGACCGCAACGGAGCAGCAGGUUUCUAUUCACACCUUUACAUCCCUCUCGCUUGCAACCAUGCCUGGCCAACUCAAAGCACUGUUAGCCAACAUAAGACGCAAACCAACUCGAGCGGCGGACGGCCGAUCGGCGGAAGCGAGCGGAGCAGUCAAUGGAGAGAAGACCAGCCUUGGACAUGAUCUCGCCAACCUUGGGACCAAGAACACGAAAACAAUUCUGAACGCCGUCACUACAUUAGCAUCCGGCGACCCUAUCGAUGACAAGGAUCUCUUGCUAGAGAAUGGCGUCUCCAUGCUUCAAAGCCUUCCAAUGGACAGUGGCCUCAGCGAGAAAAUUUCCGACGGAUUCAUCACCAUGCUAUGGCACGACUUGCCGCAUCCACCACCAACGCUGGCAGGACCCACAUCUCGCUACCGUCGUCAUGACGGUGGAGGCAAUAACCCUUGGCUCCCGGAGAUGGGCAAGGCAGGGUCUCCAUAUUCAAGAAGCGUUCCCCCCGUGAAACCGAAAGGCCCAAACCUCCCCGAUGUUGAGUUGGUAUUCGAUGCCCUAUUGAAGAGGGAGGGUCCUUUUCGCCCACAUCCAUCCGGGUUGAACAGGUUGUUCUUCUCCUUCGCGACGGUAGUAAUCCACGAGUGUUUUCAAACAAACCGCUCCAACCCAUGGAUCAACGAUACGUCAAGCUAUGUCGACCUCAGCACUUUAUACGGGAAUACGGAAAAGGAGCAAAAACGCGUGAGGACUUACAAGAACGGUCUCAUAUACCCGGAUUCCAUUGCCUCGGAGAGGAUCAUGAUGAUGCCACCAGGGGUGGUGGCCGUGUUGAUAUUGUUCUCGAGAAAUCACAAUUAUAUUGCCGAGAGCCUCUUUUCUGUAAACGAACAAGGCAAAUAUCAUGCUUGGGAGAGUCUGGACGAGGAGAAAAGGAAAUGGCAAGACGAGGACAUCUUCCAGAUAGCGCGCAACAUCAAUGUGGGAUUUUUUGCCUCCGUUGUUUUACGGGAUUAUGUUGCCGCCAUCCUCAACACACCUCGCGCCGACUCUGAAUGGACGCUGAACCUGGGAAAAGAAAUAAGAAAGAAUGGUACUCGUGUGGAGCGAGGCUCGGGGAAUGUCGUCUCCGUGGAGUUUGCGGUUCUUUAUCACUGGCACGCCGCCCUGAGUGCCGCGGACGACAAAUGGAUGCAAGAUAUCAUCAGAGCAAGAUACCCAGACCUGGAGUCAUUCGACGACGUGACAGUAGAGAUGUUCUACGACAUCAUGAAAAGCGAUGGUCACAGAUUAAUGUCAACCCCGCCAAGGGAGUGGACUUUUGGUGGCCUUGAGCGCCAGGCAGACGGUCGCUUCAGAGAUAGCGAUUUGGCGGAGAUCAUAAAGGACUGCAUAGAGGAGCCAGCGCAUGCCUUUGGUGCGCACGGAACACCGGCUAGCAUGAGAGUCGUGGAUCUCAUGGGCCAACUUCAGGCUCGAGAUGUCUUCAAUGUUUGCACAUUGAACGAGUUUCGUCGCUAUCUCAAUCUCAAACCGUACAAGACAUUUGAAGAUUGGAACGAGGAUCCGAAAGUUGCCCGAGCAGCCGAAUUGCUAUAUGGGCACAUCGAUAAUCUUGAACUCUAUCCAGGGUUGAUGGCCGAAUGCACAAAGCCGGCCAUGCCUGGCAGUGGAGUAUGCCCAGGACAAACCACCGGUCGAGGCAUCUUGAAUGAUGCGGUAGCAUUAGUUCGAGGCGAUCGAUUCCUCAGCUACGAUUUUAAUGCGAACACAUUGACGCAUUGGGGAGCGGCGAAGCUCCAGGAAACAACCCCUGGCUCUUAUGGAGGCAUGCUGCCUAAGCUAAUAUUCAAUGGGCUUCCAGGCGCUUUCACCGGCACCUCGACAUAUGUUCUCCUGCCGUUCUAUACUCCGGAAGCUGCCAAAGGGAUUCUGAAAGCCAACAAAGUGGUUGAAAAGUACGAUCUGGCCAGGCCUUCCAGCGACCGUGACAUCAUCAGCAUUCAAACUCAAGAAGGAUGCAAGAAAGUGUUCGAAGACCGUGACAAUUUCCGAGUCAUGUACCAAGCUGCGAUUCGAAACUGCACCGAUGGACACGACUUCAUGAUCGGCUGGGACGAUGCUAAACGCCACGACGAAAGAUCCAAACUGUUGCACAAGGUUUUCUUCGAACCAGACUUCGAGAAGAAUUGCUCAGAGUUCUUUAGCACAAAUGUGCGGAGGUUGAUUGAGCAGAAUUCCCUAUCUUUCUCGCGAGGCCGCAAGUCGAUCGAUAUCGUGCGAGACGUCACCAACAUCACACCCAUUCUAUGGCUCGCUGACCGCUUUGCACUGCCACUAAAGACGCCCGAAUACCCAAAAGGCUUGCUCACCAUUCAUGAAGCCUUCACUGCCUACCUUGUUCUCUUCAUGUACCAGAGUUUCAACAUUAUGCCAGUCAACGAGUGGAAGCUCCGCGACGGUGCCAUGAAAGCCGCAGAACCGUUGCGCAAAAUCUUCGAAGCACAUCUGAAGACUCAGCGUGGAGCUAAAGAAGCCGUGGUGGACUGGCUGGCCAAGGGCAGCGCGUUUGAGGUCGGGCCAAAUGCCGAUCGCAUCUACCAUGCGCUCAAUGAAACGAGACUACCUAUUGGCGACCUCGUGGGCGAUUGCAUUGGAAUGGGAACGCCGGUCGCUGGUAACCUUACGCAGCAAGCGUCUCUGUUGAUCGACCUCUUUCUCAGCCCCGGUUAUGAAGAACACAAGGCACGCAUAGUCGAGUUGGCACAUAUGGAUCCCGCCGACUCUGAACGUGAGCUGCAGGGCUACGUCUUUGAAGGAAUGCGACAUGCUGGCGUCGUGCCGGGACUUCCGCGCAUCGCUGCAAAAGACAUCACUGUCAACGACGGCGUGCGUGGACCUAUUCACGUCAAAGCGGGUCAGACAGUGCUGGUUGCCACAUCCAAAGCGGCCAUGGACCCGGUUGCAUUUCCGCAGCCCGAGAAGUUGAACCCGCAUCGUUCAUUCCAACACUAUACCCUCUUUGGUCACGGCCUGCACUUCUGCUUCGGAGCCCGGCUAGUUGGGUGUUCCCUGGCAGCAACGUUGAGAGAGGUUUUCCGAUUGAAGAAUGUCAGGCGGGCUGAGGGAAGACAGGGAAAAUUCCAUAUUACUGAGCAUGAUCUCGCCGGCAUUAAGAUGAGACAUUAUCUGGACGCGAGUUCGAGGGAGAGUCCGAUACCCACUAGCCUGACACUGGAGUAUGAUGUAUAGGCAUUACGCAGUUUCCGGUACCAGUUGUCCUGCUCUCAUUCCAUUAAAGAAAUUCCGUUUUAGGACUACUCUUUCGGCGGGGGGUAAUAAUCAUAAUCAAUCGAAGUGUGAGAAUACGGUCAGGAGCUAGCUGUACGUCAAUAGUGGCCGCAUGUCAAUUGCCUGUGAAGC